AGUACGAAACGUAUUUGAGGGCGAAACAUCCCGUGCAGUCAUAUAUCUAGUGUGGAUUGGUUUGGUUGGCUCCAAUAAUUAAUCAUUACUUUAAGACACAUGAAUGACUGUGGAGAUGGGACCAGCAACACAGGAUAUUAAUCAGAGCGGAAACUCGCAGCACGACCCCAGUGAUGAAAAAACGCCCUUUACUAAGGAAGAAGUUAUCGGAAAUGACACACAGAUUGUAAAGAAUGGUGGGAGAGGUUGUGAAAAUUCUGUUUCUUCUACAAAGGACGAGCAAAUGGGCAUUCUGACCCAACUUAAGAAUGAUAGUGUAUACAAAGAGAAGUUUUUCAUUUACCUGGGGAUUUUCUGGAGCUUCUUCGUUUUAGGUUGGACGAUUGGUCAGUUCGGUCCGUCUUUUCUUGACCUAAGAAUCAUCACCAAAUCACCACUUAGGAAAGCCUCCGGUUUCAUGACAGGACAUUCCGUCGGAUAUCUUGUGGGCUCCAUUAUUUCGGGAAUUGUAUUUGACAAGAUGAGCGGAGAGAGGACGUAUUGCGUGUCGAUUUCUGCCCUGGCUAUGGGUGUGGUUGUCGCCAUUAUUCCGUGGUGUUCUAUUUAUGAACUGAUGGUCGGGAUCCAUGUCUUGAAGGGGAUAGUAGGGGGUGGACUAGAUACUACGGGCAAUGCUCUCCUCUUGCGUCUGUGGGGCGCGAAUGGGAAAUCCUUCAUGCAGAGCAUUCAUUUUGCCUUCGCUAUUGGGGGAACAGUUUCACCCUUCGUCACUGCCCCCUUUUUGGCCCCCGAUGGGAACCCACCCACAGAAGGUGCAACUGGAAAUACUAGUGUAACCAAUAGUUCUGGUGGAAGCAACCUGACACAGUGGGACUCCUCUGACCUGACCUCAACAGGAGAAUCUAUGCUGUAUGUUCCUUUCUCAAUAGCAAGUUUCCUCUCCCUAACAGCCAGCAUUCCUUUGUUUGUGAUGGCCUGCACCUCCAAAAGACCACCUGACACCAAGUCGAAAGAUUCUGAAGAUGAAGAUUUGGACAAAGAAAGGAAUAUUCAGAAGCUGUCCCUGGGGAUGAAGGUGCUUGUGCUGGUCAUGUUGAUGGUCUUUUUGGGACUGUACUGCGCCUUGGAAGAUGGCUUUAACAACUUUCUAGCUACUUUUUGUGUAAACGAGUUGAAGUGGACCAAAUAUGUUGCCUCUGUGGCCACUGCCCUAUACUGGGCCAGUUUCACAGGGGGGCGUUUUCUUGGCAUCUUCCUGGCUCACGUUUUCAAGGCCAUUAAACUGAUUUUCAUUCUCUGCACGAUGCUGUUCAUUGGAUUUCUGGGAUUCUUCUUAACCUCCCACUUCAAAUUAUAUGAAGGGAUUUGGAUAUCCACGGGAUUAGUGGGAUCGUCAAUGUCCAUGAUCUUCCCCUUGAUUUUUUCCUGGACUGAGGAAUCAAUUCUACCUGUCACUGGUUUGGUAUCUUCCUUAUUUCUUAUUGCUGCAUCGGCGGGAUCCAUGGUAAAUCCCAUUGUCCUCGGAUAUUUGAUGGACCAGUCCACCUCGAUGUGGUUCUCCUACAUUAUGUUGGGUGAGUCUGUUUUACUUGUUAUGAUUCUAUUCCUGGUGUGGACAAUUGCCAACAGAAUUAGACUUCCCAAGAACACAUUCAGAGAAGUGGAAAUUGAAGUGCGAUCGGAAAAUGUGGAGGAUCUUGAGCUCCGGAGUAUCAUUGCUGAGAGUGAGGUCAACGAAGACCGUCUUUAACAGAGAGAAAUCACACCUAAGUUCUCUCGUUUUAGUUGUUUAUGACACUAAUUCCACUUUGCAUUAACAUUUAUUUUCAAAAAGUAAAUGCUAAGUAAUCACUGUUCAUAUAUUAGAUUCUGAAAUGUCUUGUUAAUGAAUUUUUUUCUCACCUUUUAUUACCAUGUAAAAACAGUCUUUAGCUUGACAGCUUGGGUAAGGCAUGCUUUUUUUUUCUCAGUUCAGGUCCUGUUGAAUAUUGUUUUAAAAAAUGUGUUUGAGUGUUAAUUAGUAUUACGACACUGUCAUGUGCAUAUUAAUCCAUAUUUGUUUGUAUGUAUGUACCUGAAUUUCAUAAACACUGGCAGUCGGUGGUGCUUACACAUGCAUGUAAAUGCAUUAAAAUGCAUGUUCAUAUAUACAUUUUAUGAUAUAUUUUAAAUAUAUUCAUAUUACCAUCACAUAAUAUUUAUAACUGUAUAUUUUUAGUAUUUACAGUAUUUUGUCUUCUUUAUUAAACUUGAAUGCAGCGCUUGACCCCUAAAGUACUCAUGUUCGUGCACAACCAUGUCCAGACCAAUGAUACGUACAUGUCGUACAAAGUUCCAAUGCACAUGAUGAUGACCUUGAGAUGAAGGUCAUUUUAUUUAUUUUCAAAGUGUUUUCCUAUUUCUGAAAUAUUUUAUGACUUACAUAUUUUAUUAUGUAAAACAAUAAAAGAACAUAUUAUGAUAUUUAUUCAAUUCUUCACUUUUAAUUACCAAAUUUCUU